CCUUCAAAUCACAAUAAAUUCCCUUUCCUCUCGACUUUAGAUAUUGAAGGCUUCAGCCAGUUAUUUAUCGAUGCUGUUAGUAGUGACGGAUCAACCAGACCAAUAGCUGAAUUGAUGUCGCAUAAAAAAGGCCAGUAUUGAGCAAGAAAAAAAGUUUGUGUUUCGAUAAAUAAAUUUGGACACCGAUGUGAGCUCGAUCUUGUUUCGUUUCAGCGAUUCACAAAUUCAAACCUGAUUCACUACAUUUUUCACUGUCAACUGAUGUAGAAUCCAAAUAUCGAGUUUCUUUUGAUCAGUCCCUUGUACACAACCGUCAUCAACUAAAAUAACUUUCAAUUAUUCUCUCCUAUGGCUCUCGUGCAUCAUCUUCCAAUGGUACUUUAAUUCAACUCACUGUACUCCCACCAUCGCCAUCGUCGCGGUAGCCAUACUCGGCAUACAUACUGGCCAUAUAAUGUAAAAUUCAGAACAGCCAUUCCAGAUAACAAUAAAAUUGUUCAUAAAUUGCCCUCUCAAAUAACGAAUCCAUUACUAUUGCAACAAUGUAGGGAAGAAAUCGAUAAACAGCGGACUGUCGAUCAGUCGUCAAACAAACGCGCUCAAAGUACAAUCGGAGAAAACAUCAGAAGACCUUUUUUUUCCGUCAAGAUAAGAAAACAGUAACACUCAUUUCAAUUAACUAUGAGGCUGGAUUUUGCGUAUAGUUGUGACUGUAACCGAGUGGUUAUGGAUAUGUUUGGAUUUUGGCCGAAAUAUCAUUCAAAUAUUCUCCGGAAGAACUGGUUCCUGAUCUCUGCUACUCUCAUUUUCAUUGUUAUAAUAAUACCACGAUUCGCCGCAAUGUGUUUAUUCUGGAAUGAAGUUGAUGCAGUCGUCCAAUGCUUUUCGACUCAAGUAAUAUUUAUGACCAUGAUUUUUAGACUAAUGGUCAUGCAUUUUCGAAACGCAGUAGCGCUGGUCGAUUUACUAGCAACAAUGAAAGAGGAUUGUUUGAAAGACCUGAGCACAAUACAGUACGCAGCAGUACUCAAAACUGCCAAGAUUGGCAGGAUAAUUGCCCUCUUUUUAAUAUUCAGCAGCAACUGUACUAUCGUCGCUGGUGUCAUCGCGAUGAAAUUAUAUCAUUUGGAUAGUCUUUACAUAAAAAAACCCGAUCCACGGUUAUCACUGGAUUUCUUUUGGGUAUCAUAUCUUCCAUUCAGCACGGAAACCAUGAUGCCAUAUGUACUUGUACUGUCACUUCAAUUUCUUGCGUCCGCCAUCACUGGUUUCUAUUUCAUCUUCGAUGGAUUCGUUGUAAUGCUUAUUCUUCAUAUUUGCGGACAACUCAAACUCAUUCAAAUCUCGCUAAAAAAUUUGAAAGACACUCUCACACGGACUAAAGGGAAAAACUUGCAAAUGACGCUUGGAAGCAUUAUGGAGCAGCAUCAAAGAGUCAUACGAUUUGCCAAAAAUCUUGAUGAAUCAUUCAGUCUGACGUGGUUCCUUGAUCUGGCCACUUGUACGCUGACCUUCUGCUUCCUUGGAUACAUUGUUCAAAAGCUUAUGCAUACAGAUCAUUCAAAUAUCUUUCAAAUGGGAUUUCCAAUCUGCUCUGUAUCUUGUGUCCUGAUAAAGUUUUUCCUCAACUGUUGGGCUGGUGAAUACCUCAUAUCACAGAGUUCCGAAAUUGGAUAUGCAUUCUAUGAUGCUGAAUGGUAUAAAUUACCGCCUGCUGAAGCUCGUUUACUGAUGAUUAUUGGCCACAAGAGGACUCGCCCAAUCACACUGACUACGGGAAAAUUCUCUACGUUAUCAAUCAGUCUCUUCGUCCAGGUAUUGAAAGCUUCGGCCAGCUAUCUAUCAAUGCUCCUAGUGGUAGCGGAUCAACCAGACACCUAGUUCACUGAAUGUAGAAUUUUAUGACAUAGAUGAUAUUAAAUACUACACGUGAAAUUAAUGGAUUUUCU